AUCAAUAAGAAAGAACACCUGAAAGUUUAUGAACAGCUUUAAGUCAUAUAUUUAAAAAAAAAAAUCUUAUUUUAGUGUCUCCUUCCUCUUGAAAAACACUGUAUUUUCUGGCAUAAAUGGACAAAUAUGAAUCAAAAAUGUAUAUAGAGAUAUGAGGUCAGUUGUGUAGCUGUCAAAUUGUUUUUCUUUCUGUUCUAGACAUGAUCCAACAACAUUUAAUCCCAACUGGUGCUCACACAAAGACAUGUCUCACUGCACAGAGGAGGGGAAAGGGUGUCCUUAUGUAACACAGUUCAAAGAAGCCCCGCCUCUUGUACAUGCAGUGAGAGUUGACUGUCAAACUGAGAUCACAACAACUUGGUCAAGCAAAAGAGGAACCAUGGGCUUUCUUCCUUUCUUUUCUUUAGAAACAUGGAUUCUACUGAUCACAUUUAUCUGCAUGUUUGUCAUAUAUGGCCGCAGGACUCAUGGAAUAUUUGAGAAGUUGGGGAUCCCUGGUCCCAAGCCGUUGAUGUACUUGGGCACAGUUGGAAGGCUCAAUCCUGUUUACUACUUAGAUGACGACGCAUGCGCUAAAAAGUAUGGAAGAGUAUGGGGCAUGUAUGAGCUCAGGAAACCCAUGCUGGCUGUGAUGGAUCCUGACAUGCUGAAAAUCAUCCUUGUGAAGGAGUGUUUCACCUACUUUACCAACCGGCGGAACUUUCGUCUGAACGGGGACCUUUAUGAUGCUGUGUCUAUUGUUGAGGAUGAUGAUUGGAGACGGAUUCGUAACGUCCUCUCUCCCUCCUUCACCUCUGGCCGCAUAAAAGAGAUGUUUAGCAUCAUGAAACACCACUCCCGCAAACUGACAGACAGCCUGAGGUCCAAGGCGCAGAAUGAUGAAGUUAUUACCAUGAAAAACUUCUUCGGAGCAUACAGUAUGGAUGUGAUGGCUAGCUGUGCAUUCAGUGUGGAUGUGGACUCAAUCAGCAACCCUUCAAGUCCACUCAUCACCCACGGCAGCAAGCUCUUCAGAAUCUCCAUUCCACUUUUCCUUUUUCAAGGGUUAUUUCCAUUCUUUAUCCCUCUCUUGGACCUAUUGGGUUUCUCCUUGUUCCCUAAGUCUUCAAUUACUUUCUUUCAAACAUUUGUGGAAAAGGUCAGAGCAGAACGCAACGGGAGCUCACAUCAGGUUUCAGGAGAUAUGCUACAACAUAUGAUCAACUCUCAGACAGCCAAUGAAUCCAAGAAAGAAAAGCAGAAUAAGGGUCUUACUGAUCAUGAGAUCCUCUCCCAAGCGACAAUGCUUGUGUUUGCUGGUUAUGAGACAAGUGCCACUACUCUCGUUUUCUUGGCCUACAAUUUGGCAAGAAAACCGGAUGUCAUGAGAUGCCUGCAGGAGGAGAUAGACUCUACUUUCCCUGAUAAGGGUCCAGUCCAAUAUGAAGCUCUGAUGCAGAUGGAGUACCUAGACAGUGUCAUCAAUGAGUGUCUCAGGCUUUACCCUCCAGCAGCACGUUUGGAGCGAAACGCCAAAGAAACUGUGAAGAUCAAUGGAAUCACAAUCCCAAAGGACAUAACUGUUAUGAUUCCAGUCUUCGCUCUGCACCGUGACCCCGAGCUGUGGACGGAGCCAGAAGAGUUCAAACCUGAGAGAUUUAGUAAAGAGAACAAGCAGAGCAUCAACCCAUACACUUACCUGCCAUUCGGGGUCGGGCCAAGGAACUGUUUGGGGAUGCGGUUUGCUCUGGUGUUGGUUAAACUGGCCUUGGUGGAAGUUUUGCAGCACUACAGCUUUGCGGUCUGUGAGGAGACAGAGAUUCCUUUAAAGAUGGACCCUGCAGGCCUCGUAGGACCCCUACAACCAAUCAAACUAAAGGUGGUGACACGUUCCAAUGCAUGAGGCUAAUAAACAAAGCAUACAGUAUGAUAAAUUUUGCGACUCACAUGUUAAUAACCAAAUCUCUAAAGAGUCCAUCGUAAGUCUAAAACAACCAUCAGAUUCAUACAUAAUCCACAUUCAUGUCUGUGAAAUUUUGGGAGGAAACUGGAGAGCUUGUAGGACCCCCACAAGCACAUAGACAGGAAGCAACAUUACACACAUAAAUAUCAGUAAUAAUCCCCAGGAUUGUUUUAGCUGUGAAGUGACAGUGCUGAUUACUGAGACACCACACUCCAAUCUUUUGAAAUGAGGAAUAAGAAAGAUGGUAAAAGCUGUACACUAGUAAGAAAAAAUAAAAAGGCAACGGACACCUUAUCAAACCAUGCCCUCAUGCUUAAUGACCAGAAAAACACUAACACAGCAGUAUGAUGAAAUGCAGUGCAAUACUUCUGCUAUAAAUACUAACAUAACUAACCCUUAAAAGACUAAAGUGUAAAGUAUGUUCUGAGGCUGUACUUCUGUGGCAUUGCAUUACCUUUAAAGGUUUUUUUAAUUUCAUUUCAUUAAUGGAGAAGCAAAUCAAUCAAUCAAAUUGCUUUAAUUGUUCAUAUUGUCUGUGCUGGCCAUAAAAAACUCAAAUAAAGCAAUUUCAAUUUAAGUGAUGAGGAACAAAAUCCACAGUCAGUGGAAAUUUUUUUGUAAAAAUUACUUGUUAAGUUCAGCUGAAGUUAAUGAGGUUUCAGUUUGAAGACAAAUCAAGUGGGAAUCUUCCAAAGUUGAAGUUUUUUUUAGUAUGAAAUUUCCUCUUUGUGCUUCCAUGAAGAGUGUUUUCUUGCUUUUUCA